CUCAUAACUAUAAAAGAAUACCUAAAUAAAAAUAGAAAGGGAAAACCCUAAGCUCUGCCCCUUCAUCUCCCCCACUCAGUCCCUUGCUCUCUUCCACCGCCCUUCUCCCUCGCCCCCUCUCUCUCUCUCGCGCGCGUCUCCGCCACCACCGUAGCCAUGGCGAGCACCGCCGACGUCGAGCGCCGCGACGAGGAGGAGACCAACGAGCCCGGGGCCGGCGACGACGAGGACACCGGGGCCCAGGUCGCCCCCAUCGUAAAGCUCGAGGAGGUCGCCGUCACGACCGGCGAGGAAGAGGAGGACGUGCUUCUUGAUAUGAAGGCGAAGCUCUACAGGUUCGAUAAGGAUGGGAACCAGUGGAAGGAGCGGGGCACGGGGAACGUGAAGCUUCUGAAGCACAAGGAGACCGGAAAGGUCCGGUUGGUGAUGAGGCAGGCGAAAACCCUAAAGAUCUGCGCCAACCAUUUAGUUGUUUCGACGACGAAGAUGCAGGAGCAUGCUGGGAACGAUAAAUCGUGCGUCUGGCACGCUACGGACUUCGCUGACGGGGAAUUGAAGGAGGAGAUGUUUGCUAUCCGAUUCGGAUCUGUGGAGAAUUGCAAGAAAUUCAUGGAGGUCGUGGAAGAGAUCGCUGAAUCACUUCGCAAGAGUGAAGAGAAGGAGAGCGAGGAGGCGUCAUCUGCAGCCGGACUUCUCGAGAAAUUGACUGUUACCGAGAGCAAAACUGAGGAGAGCGAGAUCAAAGAGGCGUCUGCUUCCACUGAGAAAAAAGGCGAAGCAAAGCUGGAGACAGAAGCAAAAGCGGGGGAGGCAUCUUCCUUGGCGUAAGGUCUCAGUGAGAGCAACUCCCAUAGGGUCCCCGUUCUUUUUAUAGUCGAUUUCUCUUCUGAAAAAAAAGAAUCAUAGAUAAUUUGGUCAGAAGGUAUUGUGGAAAAAAAUAUUGAGACGGAAAUUUGGCUAGUCUCUGUGUGGUUGGGAGUUCUUUUGUUAUGAUGAUGUAAUAGGCUUUGUAGACGCUGAGGUGCGCUUUCUCCAUCUGUGUAGUCUCAUGUGAGAGUCCAGGUGAAGUGGUCGGAGGAUUUGAUGCAUAUUUCUUAAAUGCUUUGAGUUGGUUUUGUAGUGGUCAGCUGUGUUAUUUGUCCAGUUCAUGGUUAGUGGGGCCAGAGUUUUAUGUUGAAAUCGACAAGUUGUGUGGUCAUUUGGGUUAGUAAGUGAAUGUAGUGAUAUAUAUUUUUCGCUAUAACAAUAUGGUCCACUAUUGGUUGGAAUUGAAUAAGAGUCCGUUUUGAGUUUCUUCAACGAGUUUGUGGCUUAUGCUUUUUAUUCGGACCAUCAUUUGAUGUUAUAAAAAUGUGAAUUUCGAAUGUU